AAAUGCCAAUGGCUGCCAUGGAGCUACCAACUGGGAGGGAUCCAGGCUGCGAGCCGACAUCCAAACGCCCACGUGCAGGUUUGUCCCCGGGCUGUCUUCGUGAUGAGGUGAAGAGGUUGGUGGCUGAGGGUCAGCUGGACGCUGCCGCGCAGCUUUGCGAGGCUCAGCCGGAGGAGUGGUCCGAGCGUUGGCUUCUGCGCGGAUUCGUGCAUGACGUUUGUCACGAGCAUGAGGCGGUGUCUCUAUGCAUGCACCGUGCCCUGCAACUGGAUCCCGGCCGCGCAGACGCCUGGCUCUUUCUGGCCGAGACCUCCUACCGCGCUGGUGACUUCGAGACGACAUUCCUGGCCUUUGAUCGAGUGCAAACGUUGCAGCCGGAGGGGCAGGCGGCAGAACAAGCACGGACGGAUCAAUCGCUGUUGGCCCGCAACCUACGCUGCGUUUUAGCGCCGCAGAACGUGUGGAGCCUGGAGGUUGCAAAGUGUUUCCUUCAGGAGGAGAUUACCCGAGUUCAUCCCACUACUAAACCCCGGGUUUUCGAUCAAGUCUUCAACUCCGAGCUUUUGGACCUCCUUCGUCGCAGUGUGGAUGAUCUUUGCACCUGGCGUACCAAAAGCCCGCGGAAGUUGUGCACCUUUUGGCUUCCGCGCAAUGUGAGGCCUAAGACAGCUGCAGAGGUGGCUGGCCGGCUCUUGCUGCAACUGCUGGGGGAGGACCCGGAGGACUACGAAGGCAUCGAAUGGUGGUGCCGGAAUCAAUGCGCUCGCAUGGGCGCCCACUUUCACUACGACACGGCAAUCUCGGGCUGUGUGUCAGAGGGCACUGCGGUUGCGCUGCACCUGCAGCGUCCCAGUUGGUCUAGCGUGCUCUACUUAGGGGACAUUGGUGGUCCAACCAUGGUUCUAGACCAGGUCGCGGCUGAUGGCUGCGACGUUCCUUCGGUGCCUCCCAGGGCUUACCUCUGCACUUCCGCGGCCAAUCGAUGGUUGGCCUUCCCUGGCGAUUUGAAGCAUGGGGCUGUAUCGUUUGGACUAAAGGAGCCCCAGCCCAACCAGCCACGGAACGUGAUUCUCUACAACUAUUGGAAGCGCGGUCUGCGGCCAGCCCUUCCUAGUUGUGGGGAGCCCACUUUCGAGGACUACUUGCCAGUUAGCAGCACUUCGCCGGCAUCCCGCCACUUGUUAGCGCCGCAGACGGUGGAAGACUUGCUGCAGAGCGGCCUUUGGAAAGCCAAAGAGCUUUCUUCGCAGUUGCUGCAAACCAGCGAGGAAAUGUCACAGUCGGUUCUGGUGGAAGGAAUCCCUUUCGGCUUGCCCUUACCUCCGCAAAGGGUGCUAUCCGCCAGGGAAGGAUCUGGUUUCCUGACGUUGGAUUGGAUAAUGGCCUCGAAUCAGUUUCUUAAAGAAUAUUCUAAUAUAUUAUAA